AUGGCGACAAAGGUCCGCCAGUUCAAUUGGUACAACUUCUGGAUAUGUUGGCUGGUCUCUCUUGGCCAAGUAGCCUUUGGCUACCCGGCCUCCAUCAUUAGCACAACCUUAGGCGAACCAAGCUUUCUGGUCUAUAUGAAGCUGCUUAGCCCGACCACGGGCCUGCCGUCCGGUGACGCCGACCAGCUCGAGGGUGCCAUGUCUGGUGUUUUCCAGGCAGGGGCAUUUUUCGGCAUCAUGAUAGUGAGCUAUAUCAUGGACAAAUGGGGCAGAAAGGCCGGUGUCGUCUUCUGCUCCUUUUGGUCCUUACUCGGUGGCGCGUUGAUUUGCGGUUCGAACGGCACGGCCAUGUUCAUUACCGCCAGGUUCUUCGCCGGCAUGGGAAGCUGGGGCUUCCUGGCAGUCACGCCUGCGUACAGUGCUGAGCUUGCUCCGCCCGCACUACGCGGCUUCUUCGUUGGCCUCAAUGGGGUCAACAUCGCCAUCGGCUACUCGAUUGCAGCGUACACGGGCAUGGGCUUUUUCUAUGUCAAAGAGCCCCAAGCUCAAUGGCGCGGCCCGCUGGGCAUUGCGCUCUUCUUCCCGCUCCUCAUGCUUGUCAUGCUUCCCUUCGUCCCGGAAAGCCCGAGAUACCUACUCAUGAAGGGCCGCGAGGAGGAAGCGGAGAAGAUUGUGCUCCGGCUCCACGCCAUUCCGGGCGACGAGGACCAAGAAUUCGCGCGAGGCGAGUUCUACCAGAUGCGCAAGCAGGCCGAGUUUGAUCGUACCCUGUCGGUUUCAUGGUGGGACAUGUUUUUCAAGAAAUCGUACCGAAAGCGAACGAUCCUGGCCAUGGGUUUCGCCUUUGUCGGCCAGUCUACCGGGGUGCUGGUCAUCAACAACUACGGCCCGACGCUGUACAAGAGUCUCGGCUACGGCACCGAGGACCAGCUCCGUCUGCAGUGCGGCUGGAUCACCACGGCCAUCAUCGGUAACGCGAUCGGAGCGCUGUUCAUGGACCGCAUCGGGCGGAAACCGCUGAUGCUGUUUGGCGUGGGCGGGUGCUGCUUCUGGCUCAUCAUCGAGGCAGCCAUGGUCGCCAGCUUUUCAGGGACCGACAAUACCUCAGGUCUGGCGAUGGGGGUUGCGGCGUUGUUCUUGUUCGAGGUCGUCUACAGCUGUGGAGUCGACGUCGCGGGAAUCGUGUUUUAUAGCGAAGUGUUUCCCAAUCAUCUGCGUGCCAAAGGUGUUUGCUUGUCCAUGGCCGUGGUGGCCCUCACCGACCUUGUCUAUCUGCAAGUCACUGCCACGGCAUUUGCCAACAUUGGCUGGAAGUUUUACCUGGUCUUCAUCAUCAUCUGCGGCCUCGGCACCAUCACCAUGUUCUUCCUCCUGCCGGAGACCAAAGGCGUGCCGCUCGAGGAAGUGGCCAAACUCUUUGGCGACACCGAGACCAUCAUGGUCUACGCCUCGGACAUCCACAUUGACCACAACACGCACGAGCUCGUGGUCAGUGGUAGGGAUGGUACCGUGGUCCACCCUGACUCCACGGUCGAGACGACCAAAGGCAUUGCAGCAGUUACUGAGAAGAGCGAUGGACCGCGACACACCGAGCAAGUGUGA